AUGACUUCUGAUAACGACAUUGAUAUUAGUAUUGGUUCUAAAACUUGCCAGGGGCUUUUGCAACAAGGUGACUAUUUGAUUAAACAAGUUCAAGAUAAUAUUACAGAAGAAAAACAAAUUUCCAAGCAAGUUAUUGACAAAAGUCACGAAAUUCUCAACAAAGCCUAUCGUGAUUAUCUUCAAAUCAAGACAAGAUUUCUUCGAAAAACAAAUGGUCUUAUUAGGAAAGCUUUAACUAAACCACAUGUACGUUACCAUGGAAUUUGGUUGCAAGCUUUUAACAAAGAAAUAAAAAAACUUAAACAGGUUAUUGAAUCGAUUUUACAAGAGUUAGAUUCUGCUCAAAAGGAAAGUGACCGAUUAAAAACAAAGUGUCGUUGGCUACUGGGUAGUACUGCGGUAACAUCAGCUAUUUGCACGACACUUGUAUCUGGACUCAUAUUGCAUUUCUUACCCGCUCGGAUAUGCUCCUUCACGAUCAACACUGAAACUAUAGCUAUGGUCGGGCUAGUCGCACUUUUAACAGGUCGUUUUAGUCUCGCUUUUACUGGCUCAAUGAUAGAGAUUUCUUCGAUUCGUGUGAAGAACGAUCAACGUACAAAUGAAGUACAAAGAUUAAUUAUGAAAUGCUUCUCCUCGUUCGAUAUACAAAAAAGCGGCAACACCAAAGAAGCAUUAAACGAAGCAUGUGAACAAGCAUUGAAUAUACUCCAAAUAUCGGAAAGCAUUUGGGAGAAGAAGGAGACGUUGGAAAUGUUAAAAAAUGAAGGACAACAGGAAUUGAACAAACUCACUCAAGAACUUGCUGAUUUUCAAUCCAAACAGUGA